UGCAACCACUUACGAAGACGCGUUAACCUGCGCCGACUGCGCUGGUGUCAUGAGUUCCAACGUCGGCGCCAGUUGCAGUAAUACUUUAACGCCUGCCGAGAUCGCGAAGCAGCGGGUGGAGCAGCGGAAGGCUCGACGCGCCGAAGCGCAACGUAAACGUCGGCAAGCGGACCCCGAGCUCCGGGCUAGGGAAGCCCAGCGCAAACGGCAACGCCGGCGGGAAACUACUACGGCUGAAACGCGGGCUCGACAUGCCGAAGCGCAACGGCAGCGUCGGCAAGCAAACCCCGCCGUACGCAACGCCGACGUCGAGGCCAAGCGUCGGCGUCGGCAAGCAAACUGCGCCGUACGCAACGCCGACGUCGAAGCCAAGCGUCAGCGUCGAGCCAACGCGUCGGCUGCGGACAGACGACGCGAGUCCAACGCCCGUGCAGAACGCCUCGCUAGACAACUUCAACGCCCGGGCUUCGACGGUGCCGACAUCCGGUUCCAGCGCGAAUUCCUCGACUGGAGCUUCGGGCACAGCUGCAGUUGGUUCGACAACGAUCUGACCGAGCAUGCCUGUUGUUGUAGAAAGAAGUCAACGAAACCUGUGCAGACGGAGAACGCAUGGCCUCUCAACACCACCAUGGACGUAGCAGCCGAGACAUCGAGAAGCGUUGACGCCUGUACACAGGCAACUUUUGUCACUGUUAAGGUGCACAGGUACAUGCAAGCCACUGAUGUCGAGGAUUCCGAGGACAGUGACAUUCCCACGCGAGAAUUUCCAGGACUGGAUCUAAAAACCAACCUCCUUGUGCGUCUCCACACAGCCUCACUUGUGUGCCAAGUGCCACAGCUUCCCAAGAGAGCCCCAGAGUUGCCACUUCACAUUUCAGCCAAGCAGAUGAGCCCACUUGUGUGCCAAGUGCCACAGCUCCCCAACAGCGCCCCAGAGUUGCCACUUCACAUUUCAACCAAGCAGAUGAACCCACUUGUGUGCCAAGUGCCACAGCUCCCCAACAGCGCCCCAGAGUUGCCACUUCACAUUUCAACCAAGCAGAUGAACCCACUUGUGUGCCAAGUGCCACAGCUCCCCACCAGAUCCCCAGAGUUGCCACUUCACAUUUCAGCCAAGCAGAUGAGCCCACUUGUGUGCCAAGUGCCACAGCUUCCCACCAGAGCCCCAGAGUUGCCACUUCACAUUUCAGCCAAGCAGAUGAGGCUGUGAAAGGGGAGCUUGUGUCCAGCAAGCUGUCCCAGUGCGCAGGUCAGUGGUCAUGACGGUCAUCGCAAGAGUGGAUACGGCUACUCAGUGUGACCGAAGAGCCAGUGUUGCUGCCCAGUCCACCUUCAGCGAGGCCACUUCCAUCCCAGUCGACGCAUGUGGACUUCCCCCAUACAAACGGUCUCUGCAAGGAUGCACUCCGAGGGCGUGGUGCGACUACGAUGUUUCCGCUAUCGGCGAACAGCAAGGGCCGGAGAAAGAUCUUCUGCAUAUGCCCUUGGUUGCGAAGACACGAACUCUACCAUUGCCUCAUCGACAUGAACACGAAUCACUUGUAUGUUGGGGUGUGUGAUAUGGUGACCUCUCUACCCAAAUUGAGAGGUGGCUGGAACCUCAUCGAUGUGUCAGGGAGGAAGUGUGCGCACAACUUGUUCGACUCUUUACGACUCUUUAUUAGCGGCAUGAGCAAGAAGUCACAUUCUUGUUUCUCUUCAAAGAACUUCUGGUCAAGAACUUGCUUUCAGUUUUCCGAAUAUCCAGAAAAUAUGUUUUAAAAAAUAAAACCGGUAAGAAAACGUU